AUGUCGGCCACAGAGGUAAAGCUGUUUGGAAAGUGGACCUACGAGGAUGUGAUGCUUUCGGAUCUGAGCUUGGUGGACUACAUCGCCGUGAACAAAGCGGCGCAGAGCUUCCUGCCGCACACCCAGGGUCGGUAUCAGAUGCGGCGCUUCCGGAAGGCCCUGUGCCCGAUCGUCGAGCGCCUCUGCUGUUCGAUCAUGAUGCACGGCCGCAACAACGGCAAGAAGCUCAUGGCCGUGCGAAUCGUGAAGCAUGCCUUUGAGAUCAUCCACCUCCUCACAGACAAGAACCCCAUCCAGGUCUUCGUCGAUGCGGUCAAGAAUGGCGGCCCCCGUGAGGACUCCACGCGAGUGGGCUCCGCGGGUGUGGUGAGACGCCAGGCCGUGGACGUGUCCCCGCUCCGCCGCGUGAACCAGGCGAUCUACCUCAUCUGCACCGGCGCCCGCAACAGCGCCUUCCGCAACAUCAAGUCCAUCUCGGAGUGCCUGGCCGACGAGAUCAUGAACUGCGCCAAGGAGUCUUCCAACAGCUACGCCAUCAAGAAGAAGGACAUGCUGUGUGACAGUGGCGCCCCGACGGGCCCAGGUAGAGAAAAACGGGUAUCAAGCAUGUCGGCUACCGAAGUGAAGCUGUUUGGGAAGUGGACCUACGAGGAUGUGAUGCUGUCGGACCUGAGCUUGGUGGACUACAUCGCCGUGAACAAAGCGGCGCAGAGCUUCCUGCCGCACACCCAGGGUCGGUAUCAGAUGCGGCGCUUCCGGAAGGCCCUGUGCCCGAUCGUCGAGCGCCUGUGCUGUUCGAUCAUGAUGCACGGCCGCAACAACGGCAAGAAGCUCAUGGCCGUGCGAAUCGUGAAGCAUGCCUUUGAGAUCAUCCACCUCCUCACAGACAAGAACCCCAUCCAGGUCUUCGUCGAUGCGGUCAAGAAUGGCGGCCCCCGUGAGGACUCCACGCGAGUGGGCUCCGCGGGUGUGGUGAGACGCCAGGCCGUGGACGUGUCCCCGCUCCGCCGCGUGAACCAGGCGAUCUACCUCAUCUGCACCGGCGCCCGCAACAGCGCCUUCCGCAACAUCAAGUCCAUCUCGGAGUGCCUGGCCGACGAGAUCAUGAACUGCGCCAAGGAGUCUUCCAACAGCUACGCCAUCAAGAAGAAGGACGAGAUCGAGCGCGUUGCUAAGGCAAAUCGCUAA